GGUUAACAUGACAAGACAAUGUUUCAUAACCCACACCAUGUUAAAAUCGCUGUUGUUAUGCAAUUUUGAUAUCAUAUGUUAUUGUAACUCUCGAUCGUGGUCUCUUUCAGUAUAUCUGUGAAAGGAGCAUAGGCAACCCUACGAGCAACAAAAAGAUAGCAGAAAGCAAUUCAUCUUAAUCUACAAUUAUUCCUAUUAGUUUUCAGAUUGUUUUCUGCUGUUGAGCAACAAGCGAAAAUGGCAAUGCAAAAACUGAAACAGUGUUUCUAGGGAAUGUAAUUAUGUCAGGCAGGUUACGGUUAAGACAUCUGAUUAAUAUUUGAUACUAUGUUUGAAAAUAUGGUUUCAAGGAGCAAAGAGAAGGUGACGACAUAGAGGUUAUUCAGUGUGACAAGGUUGGUUUCAUUUGCUGUUAUCUUAUUGCAUGCAUUUGCAAAAAAAGCAGGGGUCAAAUCGAAUAUUGCACAGCACCAAAGAUGCGAUUUUCAUCUGGUAUGUUGCUUUUUCUCGUCACAUUGGUAUGUUUUUCUUGGAAAUGGUUCAUUGUUGCCGAAAUAUUCUGUCGGGGAAAACUCCACGCACAGCAAUUAUUAUUUUUGUAUGGAUGUAGUUAACAAUAUUUCAUUCAUUUAGUUUGAGCUUAUCGGCUUUAGCUUUGUGACUCAAGGUAUUUUCUUUACACAUGACUUUAAUGCACGUAAUAACCUCGUUUCAAGAGUCGUUAGGAAACUGACUCAAGAUUCAAGCUUCACAGGUAUUGAGUAUUGGCGUCAAUCUAUUGUUAGAGAGAUUUAACUUUUUAUGUUUUGGUAAAAUCUGAUUGGUUUGACGAAUUGUUUUUCUUAAUUCCUAUUGGUUACGCUAUUUUUAUACUUAUUGUAAAACGUAUAUAUGCACGUGUGAUUUAACUUAGAGUAGAGAGUUUGAGACUAGAGUUAACAGAAUGGAAGUCUCAGAAUUGAAAUUUUUGAUGUUGAACCUGGAAGAUGUUUCUUUUUGAGCACAACUCUGCAAUUAAAUACGUAUCUUGAACUAGCGCUUGAAGAAUACUUAACAUAUUCACUACCGGGACACAUUUUAGAGAAAUUACCACAGAAAGCAGCAGAUCAAGCACUUCAGCCAGCAAAGAUGAAGAUUUUACACUACAAGAAGAAAUGUUGAGAUGCAGCAGAGAUAAUGAAUGCAAAAUACUCGGCAGUAGGAAAGGCACUGAAAAAUUAUCUGCAGUCGGCAAAGGAGGCAAUUUAUCAGAGUACGAUGAAGUUUUCGAAAAGAAAGAAACAGGUUUUAAAAGCUGCAACGAACUGAAGAAAUGGGGAAUCAACUCGAGUAUAAAGGUGGAUUUGUCGCUGAAGAAUGGAUCUUCCUUCUUGGGUUACUGUAACAUGAUCAGCGACAACGGAGGUUGGCUGGUGUUCCAGAGACGAGUGGAUGCAACUGAUUUUUAUCGAAAUUGGACGGAUUACGUUAACGGAUUCGGGGAUGUUGAUGGGAGCUUUUGGAUUGGCUUGAAAUAUCUACACUGGAUGACUCAGAGUGCAGAUAACAUGGUUCUCCGCGUCGAAGUGAGAAAUAUUAACGGAAUCAGUGGAUUUGCAAAGUAUUCUAAUUUCAAAAUUGGCAGCGAGGAUGAGAAAUACAAGAUAACAUUCGGUACAUAUGAAGGUAACAUUGGUGAUUCUUUGAGAAGAAGCUAUGGAGCAGCAUUCUCCACGCCAGAUCGAGAUAAUGAUGCUUGGAGUGAUAGACAGUGCUGUGUGGAAUAUCGCGGCCCUUGGUGGUCAAACGCAUGCUUUAAUGCGAACCUGAACAGCGAUCAUCAAGACAAAGUCCCUUAUGUGAGUACCCCUGAUGUCGAGGGUGCGUCACGAAUGUCAUGGAAAUCGAUGGAUGACAAAUUUGGCACAAUCAGGUUCUCAGAAAUGAUGAUCAGACCAUAUCCUUGAUCAACCUGAAACUCGAGAUUAAUAAAUUAGCUUACAUUAAGCCCUCCUCUAGACAUUGCAUGCUUACAAAAACAAUCAAGACUCAACAUGAUUCAUCCUUUCCCGGUACAUAGUGGUAAAGUAUGCCUUAUAGCAAAAGCUGAGUGAUGUCGUUAUUAGAAAGUGCUGAUCAAGUUUGACCACUGUUUCUUUCUUUACAUUGCUCUGACUUUAGCAGGAAAAUAGUAUACCGUUUUAAAGCUAUGUACUUGUUUGUUAGUGUAUGUAUUAUGAAUGCUCCUGCAUGGCUAUAAAACUGGCAUUUUGAUUUCAAAACUAUCUAAAUGUCAAAAUUUUUAUCGUCUAUGCAUGAAAGUGAUGUGCCUCCGUGCGAUUGUUAGGUUUCCUGAUUAUCAAAAUGCUAUCAAACUUAACCAUUUAGCCUUAAGUUUCCAUAAUAUUAAUACCUCAAUUGCAAUGCUACAAGCGUUUUUCUUUAUGCUUAUGGUGACAGGUCUUUGGAUCGUUCUAGAGAAGUUACUUCUUUAGAUGGCGUGAAUAAGCAUUGGCGGCAUUUCUGAACUGUCUAAUGAGAAUUUUAUCUUAUAUUAAGAACCAUUAAAUUGAAGCUCAGGCUGGCUUUUUCACUUUAAGUAAAACCAUUAAAAGCAGCAAAACUUUGUGACUUUGUGAGCGUCAAUGCACACCUAGAUUGAACAAGACUUGGAUUUUGCGCGGCAAAGAACCCGUCAAGAUCUCAGAUCAGACCAAGAGGUUUUGAGAAGUUGAAUUUUAUAAAUCGUAAUGGCACACCAUGACAAACUCUUGCAAACAGUUGGCAGUGAAAGCAAGUCGGAUGAGAUAGCAAUUCAAAGCAAAUUGCAAGACCAAAAUCCUGACCUUAGGAAAUCAUCAGGCAGCUACUGUUAAAGGGGAAGAGUAUCCGAAGUUCAUCUUCCAAAACACCCUAUCUAAACAGCGGAUUCCCUUGUCUUGGAUCUCUGAGAGUCUGAAGUUCAUCGCUCAACGAAUGUUGAGUCAAAUUGUUGAGAGCGUUUUAACAUCCCGAUGCAACAUCGCUAAACAUCACUAAACAUCACUGUACAAAUGUUGAGCGAUGUUCAAUGAAAUAGCGUUUUAACAGGGCUUUAGACAAUUUGACUGUCACACAAAAUGCUUGACUUGAGGUUGUUCUCGAUCUUUUUUAAAGAAGAUAUAUCCAGAAAUGAAGAUCAUACUUUCUUAGGCAGAAACCUAGCAGAAAUUUGCUAAAACUUGCUUAGCCAGCAAACGAUGUACUACUGUACGAGAGCCUAAAAGCGAGGCACAUCAAAACAUUUGCAUAUCAAAUUUGGGAAAUUUAAAACGCUUUAACGAAAUUUUAGUUUGAAAAAAGUAUACGUAAUUUGAUUGACGGAUAAAAACAUUUUUUUGUUCAAUUUCAAAACAUUAAAAGAAACUGUACAAGGGAGUUCUGUAGAAGGAAAGAACUUUAGGUGACACGUGUUUUGUUCAUCAUUAGAAUUGUAUUCUUAUGCUUUGCUUCAAGAG